AUGUCUAGUCGAUCCAAGAUCAGCUGCUUGUCCUAUAAUGCUUACAUCAAACCAUAUCUUUUGUCCUCGGACUAUGAAGGUGUUGUAACACUAUGGGAUGCUUCGAUGGGUGUUGCCUUGUUAGCACUAGACGAACAUGAGAAGCGAACGUGGUCGGUAGAUUUCAGCACAACCGACCCCAUGCGUAUUGCAAGUGGAAGCGACGAUACCCGAGUGAAACUCUGGCAGGCCAAUCAAAAGCGGUCAGUACUUACGAUUGAGUCUAAAGCAAACAUAUGCUCUGUCAAAUUCCAUCCUAGUUUCAGUCAUCACCUUGCCUUUGGAUCUGCUGAUCAUCAUGUACACUACUACGAUCUGCGUAAUUCAAGCACUCCGUUGCACGUAUUCAAGGGGCAUCGCAAAGCCGUUUCCUAUGUCAAAUUUAUGAAUGAUAAUGAGAUGGUGUCUGCGUCUACUGAUUGCAGCUUGCGAUUGUGGUCACUAAAGGAAUCUAUGGCGGGUAGUUCCACAGACAUCAGGGGUCGAUCUCAAUCAGUGUUUGCACGAUCAUAUAGCGGUCAUACAAACGAGAAAAACUUUGUUGGACUGUCCGUCAACUGUGAUGGCGAGUUUAUUGCAUGUGGGAGUGAGACUAACGAAGUGUAUACCUACUUUUCAAAACUUUCAAAGCCCGUUUUGACACACCACUUUGGCUCCAUGAUUGAUUCUGUUACGGGAGCACCUAAUCCACACGCAGACCCUUCAUUGUUUGUCAGCUCCAUGUGUUGGAAGCGCAAGACGCCAAAUAUUCUGGUUGCCGCCAACUCUCAAGGACGAGUCAAGGUGUUGGAAACCAUUUAA